AUGGUAGCCUCCGCAAACGCGCCUCUGAAUGUCCUCCCUCGCCCCACCAACCGUCUGAUCCGCAUCAGCUUCUUCUUCACUAAGAUUCCCUCAAUGUCGCAGUCCCAAUUUGAGUCUCACUGGCGCGACACGCAUGGUCGCCUUGCCAUUGCCACCAAGGCAUUCCGCGAAGCUCAAAUACAGCAAUACACACAAAUUCACAACGACAAGUCGUUGACCAAGAAGGCCGCUGAGCUGGGCCUCCCGCUCGUGGAAUUCGAAUGGGAUGCAUGCUCAGAGAUGUACGUGAAGUCUUGGGAGGACUAUCUAGUGUUUGCGACGAGCGAUGAGGCAAGGGAUAUUUUGGGGCCGGAUGGGGCCUUGAUAAUACAUCCGGGCAAGGGCGUGAGAAUUAUGGUUUCGAGAGUCGAUCCUAUGUAUAUCAAAAGUGCGAUGUGA